CUGUUUCUAGUGGAUUUCUGUUAAUCAUUUGUUGACUUUUAUGUACCAAAUAUUAAUAAAACCUCUUUUCGUAUUCCUUUUGCUGUCGAGGAGACUUGAAUGCUAUUAGUUCUUUAUUUUACAGAAGCAAGCAGAGAUGAGCUCCAAUCAAGAAAAGUAAAACUGGACUAUGAUGAAGUUGGCACAUGUCAGAAAGAUGCCAUAAAUAUUUGGGAUAAAAAGUUACUAAACUGCAGAGCCAAAAUCCGAUGUGACAUGGAAGAUAUUCAUUCCACUUUAAAAGAAGGUGUACCAAAAAGUCGUCGGGGAGAAAUUUGGCAAUUUUUGGCUGUGCAACACCGAGUCAGGCACAGGCUGCCAAACAAGCAGCAGCCUCCUGACAUCUCUUACAAAGAACUUCUGAAACAGCUGACUGCUCAACAACAUGCCAUCCUUGUAGAUCUAGGACGGACAUUCCCUACACAUCCUUACUUUUCCACGCACCUGGGAGCAGGACAGCUAUCACUAUUUAAUCUCUUGAAAGCAUAUUCUUUGCUGGACAAAGAAGUUGGUUAUUGUCAAGGUAUAAGUUUUGUAGCUGGAGUGCUGCUUCUACAUAUGAGUGAAGAGCAGGCCUUUGAAAUGCUGAAAUUCCUCAUGUAUGACCUUGGCUUCCGUAAACAGUACAGACCAGACAUGAUGUCCCUACAGAUUCAGAUGUAUCAGCUCUCAAGGCUUCUACAUGAUUAUCACAGAGACCUGUAUAAUCAUCUUGAAGAGAAUGAAAUCAGUCCCAGUCUUUAUGCUGCACCGUGGUUUCUUACGCUGUUCGCAUCUCAAUUUUCAUUAGGAUUUGUAGCCAGAGUGUUUGACAUUAUUUUUCUUCAAGGAACAGAAGUAAUAUUUAAAGUAGCACUGAGCCUACUUAGCAGUCAAGAAACAUCUAUAAUGGGAUGUGAGAGUUUUGAGAACAUUGUUGAUUAUCUUAAAACCACUAUUCCAGAUAUGACUAAACCUCAAAUGGAAAAAAUUAUUACUCAGGUGUUUGAGAUGGAUAUUUCAAAACAGCUCCAUGCCUAUGAAGUAGAGUACCACGUUCUUCAGGAUGAACUGCAGGAAAAUGUGAGCCCCUGUGAUGAAGGUGAACCUCUGGAGAAGCUGGAGAGGGCAAACAAUCAUCUGAAGAGGCAAAACAUGGAUUUGUUGGAGAAGCUACAGGUUGCUCACGCUAAAAUUCAGAGUCUGGAAGCCAGCCUGGAGACUGUUUUGACACGAGAGAACAAAAUGAAGACUGUAAUUCAGUCCCUGGAACAGGAGAAGAUAACAUAUCAAAAGACUCUUGAGCAGAUAGUGAAGUACUUGCCAGCAGAAGUGUUGUCUGACUGUGAACUGCUCCUGAAGGAAGUAAACUACAACCCAAAUAAUAAAAUAUGGAGUAAGCCAUAAACCAGGGUUUUCUAGGCAGCACUUCUUCAAAAACAAAAAGGGAACGAAAAAAUGAGUAUGCUGCUUUCAAUAGCUACUUAGCAAUAGGCAAUGGUAUUACCCAAAAAUAGUGCUGGGACACUCCAUAGCUACAGAUGGGCCUUCAAGUGUCAGAAUGCAAAUUCAGGCUAUAAAUUUUUUUAUGAUUAUGUAAAUAAAUCACAAGGGGGAAAUAAAGGAUUCUCACAUGUAAUUAUGAUGAGUAGAUGUAUAUUUAGAGUUGACCUAAAGGAAAGGAGAAAUUGGAGAAGACAAAGAUAAUGGUGAUCUGCAAAUUCAUUUUGGAUGUGCUUGUCUUGUAGUGAAAUGAGGAUAAUGUGUCUUUAUAUAUAUGUAUAUUGAAUAUGUUGAAUAAUACUUGAAGAAAAAAGAAAAGAGAAUGUAAUUUUCCCUCCAAAGAGCAGCAUGUUUCACAUCUUCUGUGGAAAACCUGUGUGAACUCAUGCGUGCCUCUCUUUUAGUUCUACUGACAUUGUGAGCACAGACCAAUAAGCAGAACCAGUAUCAUGACAUGGUUUGCACAGAAGGAGCUGUAGUGCAGAACCAGUAUCAUGACAUGGUUUGCACAGAAGGAGCUGUAGUGCAGAACCACUAUCAUGACAUGGUUUGCACAGAAGGAGCUGUAGUGCAGAACCACUAUCAUGACAUGGUUUGCACAGAAGGAGCUGUAGUGCCACCCGCUGCCUGGGCUGCAGCGGUCAGCAGCGCAAUUCCAGGUGCAUGUUGGAACUGGAAACGAGCAAGCAGCGCAUCAUAGCUCCGCCUCCAUUGCCCAGAGCUAAGGAAUCGUGUCUGCAAAGGCAAGAGCUAGCAGUGACUGCCGCUUCCUUCCUGGCCUGUUUGCUUCCACCUGCCCUGGGCUUGGUGGUGAUGGUUGGUGGAGAAAAAGGAAGCACAACAGUGGGAUGGGAUUUAUCCUGAUGUUAAUUUUCCACGGGAGACUUGCCUGUGUAAGAGUUAGGUGUGUCAGGGGCUCUCAUUUAACCAAAGAAAUGCUGAAAGAAGCCUUGUCUAAUUGUAUUGGGAUGCAGAAAGCUGUUUUAAAUUUUGUUUGAGAAGAAAAUUGAGGUGGGUUGCAGGAAGUUAAGUGUGAGUGCACAAGAGAGGACCAAGCAAGUCUCAGAUAUUAUGUACCUUUCAGUUUUCACACACAUAUACAGUGGCUAUACAUUUCAAAGGGGAUCCUGAAGUACAGGCACAGUUUUAAUAACACUUUCCAGGCUAUUCCUGUUUUAAUACUACUUUGUGGUCUUUUUAUUAAAACAAAAGUCAUGAAUUUGUGUGUUCUGGACAAAAGGUGGGAUAAACUCUGAUCAUUUCAAGGGAGAAAUUAUGUUUAUAGAGAUAUAAAAAGUUGCAUAUAGAUUUGAAAAUGUUUUUGAGUGGAAUUUUUGAGAAAGCUUAGACAAAUGUGAAAUAGACAAGUAUUUUGGAGUGCAUGUCUGAACCCUUAAUUGCAUUUUACAGUGGCUCACGUUACCCCUUCCUGUUUAUACUGUAUUUCAGGAAACACUUAUUCUUUUUAGUAAGAAAACCAAUUAAGCAAAGUGCCAAAUCCAGCAGUGUCUUCACAUCAGAUUGUCCAAUUUAGAAAGCAAGGACUGAAUAUCACUGCUUUCUAAGUAUUAUGCUUUAUGUUACCAUAAAAGUGAGGAACAACAAUGCUUACUUGCUGCACACUGCUGUGGAACUCAGGGGCUUCGGCUCUCCUGGGUUUUUUGUUGUUGUUUUUUUUUUAUUUCCAUGAUGUUUUAUUUGAUUAAAGAUACUGAUUUACUUAACAGUCUCUCUUUUUACAUUUGGGGUGAAAGGUCUUAACACUGUGUAUAAAAGUAUGUGGAAUCUGUCUAGAUAUUUCAAGAAUGUCGUAUUGUACUAGAUGGGGAAAUGCCAAGUGAAAAAGCAGUUCUUUGUAGUUUGGUUCAGAGUGAGUUUUAGCUGAUGUGUACAUAAAAAUCUAAUCGCAGGAACUGCAGCAGCAUCUCUUACAAAGAACCAAGAUUAUUCAGAUACAUCUUUUUUUUAAAGAUGCACUGAAUGAGCUUUAUUCUGUUUCACUUAAAUUUUUUUUCAUGUAAUGCCUGGAGAAAUUCCAAUAAAUGUCAUUGCUGCAUUUCC